AAAUCGUUCGAUUCAGCCUCGGGUUCGAACCCCCACGGUUACACACCUCGUUCCCAUUACUGCCCCACUAACAAGCUGGCAACCGUUGCUGCAGUCACGGAGUUCGAAUCGGACGGUGUGAGCUGUCAUCGAUUAAGAUGCGAUCCAACGGUGGAGAACUCUCGAUGAACUACGACGGGGCCAGCCUUUCAAAUUUAGUUUGGCGUUCCGUAGCACAGUUUGAAGUUUCCUUCCGGUGCGAGCCUCGAUGAGGUCACGAAGUUGAUGGACACCAAUUUCGCCGGAGUCUGCACCCAAUCCGAAUUCUCGAGCAUACGUAGAAAUCAUCAGCGCUCUAGUUGUGUGGAUGUCGAAAUUCCAUUGUAGGGUUUGAAAAUUUUCUUCCGCACACAUUUAGUGAGGUGUAAGACAAGGUUUUGUUGCCGAAGAAGGGUUACAGGGUUUCGAGUUUUUGGAAUAGGCAACGGCGAGGUGUGGAGUGUGGCUAGUGAGGUUGAAGGCGCUGCUGAGAGACACUGAGAAACUGUGAUAAUUUUCUAAGUGUUUGAAGGCUAUGGCGGCGUCGGGUGGAGAGUUUGAUCACCUGUUCAAGAUUUUGUUGAUCGGGGAUUCAGGGGUGGGGAAGAGUAGUUUGUUGGUGCGGUUCACGGCUGACACGUUUGAUGACUUGUCGCCGACUAUUGGAGUGGAUUUUAAGGUGAAGAUGAUGACGCUCGGGGGUAAGAAGUUGAAGCUGACGAUCUGGGACACGGCGGGGCAAGAGAGGUUCAGGACCCUGACGAGUUCGUAUUACAGGGGCGCGCAGGGGAUCAUUCUUGUGUAUGAUGUCUCCCGACGGGCAACUUUCACGAAUUUGUCCGACAUCUGGCUGAAGGAGGUGGAUCGUUACUCCACGAACCCGGAUUGUAUCAAGAUGCUCAUAGGGAACAAGGUGGAUUUGGAGGAACACGAGCGGGUGGUGACGAAGAAGGAGGGAAUUGCGUUUGCUAGGCAGCACGGGUGCUUAUUUCUGGAGGCCAGUGCCAAGACGAGCGUCAAUGUGCAACGAUGCUUUGAUGAACUCGUGCAGAAGAUUUUGGAUACUCCAAGCUUGACAGCGGAUACGGCGCAAUUGAAGAAGAAUGUGCUCAGACCUGGGGAAACAGCGGAUUUGCCAGCACCCGACGCUGGCGGUGCGUGCGGUUGUUGAUAGAUUAUUGUCACAAAACGUUGGAGUUCGCUAAAUUUGGUAUUGAUUUUAUCCCUUGUACAUGUGUAGUUCCUUUUAUGGCAAGCAUUGGACAAUUGCCUGUAAAUCAUUUUUGGUGUAUCGAAUGCAUAUGUCUUUGGACAAAUAAACGAGGUUACCUGAUUUCACACA